AUGAAAGGCUUGAAAGAAUUGAUGUUCAGCCGAAGAAAAAGGAAACAAGACCUUUCCAGUGAAGAGAAGACACAGUGUCUUAAAGAUCCUCUCUGUGACUGGUCUUGGUUUGAAGAUCGGUGCUCCUGUGAGAAAAACCCAUGUGAUACUCUUUAUUGUUAUCCUGACGCCAACAAAACAGAUCAAUAUUGUGCCUGUUCCAUGCUGCUUUGUCAAUGGAAUUGGACUUCUGACGCUUGCUUCGUAUACACUGGUAUUGCAGGUUCGAUUUGUAUUUGCAAAACUUCGUUCGAAUACCCUCAAUUCACUUCUCAAGAAAAUCUAACCGAUAGCUGUUUAGAUAGCCCUUGUGAGACGUCGGACCCACUCAAGGCCAAGCAAUUGCCAAAAGAUUUUCUAGAAGCUCUAUCCAUGCUGAAAACUACGCAACAAAUUACAGAACUUUUGAAGAAGCUGAGAAGCUCAAGAACAGACGACGUAAAAGAUGUGGAACGAUUCUUCGUCCCUUCAGUUUCAGUUGUUGAUAACUACGGAUCUCCAGCAGACAGUUUCAUUCUUUCCUGUAGUUACGGUCCGGAGCGUUGCGAGCAUUUACUGACUUUAUACAGCCCUACGUAUGGCAAAUGUUACAUGUUCAAUUACGUAGGUAAAGAAAAUGAGAAAAAGCCCGAGGUAAAAGUUGCUAAACAAGCUGGAAGAGAACAUGGUUUACAGCUAUACAUGCAAGCGAGGAAGAAAGAUGCAGUCGCCUUACUCACCAAACAAUUGGGUGUACGCAUUGUGAUUCAUGACCCUCGAAGUAUACCAAUUGCUUCUGAGAAUGGUAUAGACGUUAGACCCGGAGAUAUGGUCUCCAUGAGUGUGGAGUACAUAGAAAUAAACAGAUUGGGUCCCCCUUGGGGAGAAUGUGCAUCAGAUAAUGAGAGUCUUCCGUCUAACUAUUCCGCAGAUCCUUAUAUCCAAACGCACUGCGAAAAGCACUGCGUUGGUUUGGAAUUCUAUAGACGAUGUAAAUGCUAUCAUCCUAUGUUCCUAGCAGCUACCGUUAUCCCUCAACGAGGAGUAAUCUGCCCGACAAACGAUAGCCAAGGAAAUGAUGCAUGUGUAUAUUCUGUAAUGAUGGACAAUGCUGCUGGAAAGAUUAAAUGUUCUUGUCCACCCCCAUGCAGAGAAAAGCACUAUCAUACUACGACCUCGUCUAGUAGACUGAAUCCUGACUUUUUCCAGCUUGUAAAAAAAGCCAAGUCCCUUACAAUCAAGAAUGGAACAGCAACAGUUAUUCACCCAGAUUACGAGUUCAGUUUAAUGGGUGUACAAAUCUACUACAAUUCUUUCUUCGUGACCUAUGUCAACGAAACUGCCAUAUACAGUUGGGAAUCAUUGAUAGCAAACAUCGGAGGAAAUAUGGGCUUGUUCCUUGGCUUGUCUAUAGUAACUUUAUUAGAAAUUACAGAAUUCUUAGCUGAAAUGAUGACUCGAUGUAUUACUCAAAGAGGAACAGCAAAAAUAAGGGAUAAAAUUAUCGUACGGACAUUCUGAGGAAACAUAUAAGGAAAAUUAUCUGCAUGAUUUAUCUCUGCUUCGUUAUUUGCUAAACUCCUGUUCCUGUAAAUGUAGAAAAUAUAUGCUUUGAAGAGAAGAAAAAGUUCAACCUUCAGUGGGAUUUCUAGUUUUUGUCCAUUUUUAAAAAUAACGUCUUUCCAUCAAGAAAACUGAAUUUGGAUUGUGAACGUUUUCAAGAUUACUUCGUUUGUAUUUCUUAUUUGAAAGCUAAGCGUUAUGAGGAAAAACAAGCAGUUGUAGUUUAAUAUAAAAGCGUUUAACAUGUUUUUACAAUUCCCUUGGGAAUUAUUUAAGAAUACAAUAAUCCUAACUUGAAAGUGAAUUAUUUUAUAAAUGGAAAACUUAAAAGCCCUCGGGUAUGAUAUAGCACUGUUAGAAAUGAUUGCAUCUGUCAGUCAUACUUUGUCAAUGAAGUAGUCACAUUUUUGUUAAUACUUGCUUGACUCUGGCUUUUAAUGCGCAUGUAAAUUUGUUAGGUUGUCUUCCCCAUAACGAUAUCACAAUUGUUGAAACAUAGUUAACUCUUAGAAGAAUGUACCAAACAUUAUUUGUUAACUAGAUGUUCAUUAAAAUGAUAAAAUAAUACAUGAAUAAUGCAAUAAAGGUUUACAUUAGGACUUUUUAUCAGUGUGUAUACGCCUUAAAAUGCACUCAAAUCUAACUAAACAUUUUCUUCAGGUAAGAACAAAGUGCAACUUUAUGAAUUCUGUAACGUAAAACUGUAAACAAUUUUUCUUCAGCUUUGAGGCUAUCUAUGAAAAGGGCAUUUAAGGAGUCCUACUGAUAUUUUAGUUAAAACUUCAUAAAGAAAUGCUAGUUUUCGUACUAUAUUUCUUCAAAACGACAUGCUAAAUCAAUAAAAUCAAUAAAUUUGGAAUCAAUAAAUUUUUUUAU